AUGCUUGACGACUCGCCUAUUAUAAAGACUGCGACCAGAGCCGGCCAUCUGCAGACAGACAGGGCGAGACGGAUGAUACGCACACCGCGCCCCACUCGCGAGCUCGCACAGAGCCCUCUGUUCCAGCAGCAUGCGGAGGGCUUACCUGUGGACGAGCGCAUCCGAUUGAGCUACCAGCGCGCAAAGGCCAUUGGGCGGGCAUAUGCGCUGACUCCCCACGACCUGAUCACACUCUCGCCAAAGUUUUGGCAGUUGCAUACAGAUCCGAUAUGGAGUAUGGACGGGGCUGCCGGGACCCUCGUCACGCUGCAGUACAAUUGCUGUGCGGGGACACUGGCCAUGUUCGCUUCCGAACGAUCUGAUCUGGCCGAGGUUUUGCAAGACGUGUUGGAGUUUAAGGUUUCGGGGCAGUUCUGUUUGACAGAAGUGGGCCACGGCCUCGAUGCCAUCCAUCUUGAGACUACAGCGACCUUGUUGCCUAAUGGUGACUUUGAGUUGCAUACGCCUCACGAGCGAGCUGCCAAGUACAUGCCACCCACCGCACCGGUCGGCAUGCCUUGUGUCGCGAUCGUCUUCGCUCGCACGGUGGUUGACGGCGAAGACCGAGGGGUCAAGCCAUUUGUCGUGCGCCUUCAUGACGGCACGACCAUGGCCCCCGGAAUAGUCUCCAAGGUGUUGCCUCAACGGGGCGGCUCGCGUCCGGUGAACCAUUCGCUGACAUACUUCCAUCGCGUCCGCCUUCCACGCGGCGCACUGCUCGGGAGCCCCGACAUGCCCGCAGACGCGCGGGCUGCGUUCUUCCACAGUAUCUCGCGCGUCGCGGUGGGCACCAUCGCCAUCGGCUCGCUGGGCGUGCCCGCGCUGCAGGUCUCAUCGUUCAUCGCGGCUCGAUACAGCUUGCGGCGGACAGUCGUCGACGCCGAGAACCGGCGCAGGCCCGUCAUGGCGUUCCGCACGCAGAAGAUCCCGAUCCUGACCGCCGUCGCGCAGGCAGCAGUGAUGGACGCGUUCCAGGCGUGGGCGGUGGGGCUGUUCGUCGACCAGCGCGUCGAGGUCCGCGUGCGCUAUGCGAUCGCCGCGAUCUUGAAGGUCGUGAUGAUUCAACACGCACAGGCGAUGCAUUUGACUCUGGGAGACCGGUGCGGGGCGCAGGGGCUCUUCGAGGUGAACCAGCUGGCUGGCAUGCACGCGGAUAUGCGCGGCACUGCCAUCGCCGAGGGCGAUCUCUUAGCACUCUCCAUCCGCCUCGCCACCGAGCUGUUGCUCCAGCGGUACAGCGUCCCUGCGGCCGCAGACCCCGCGAGCCUUCUUGCGCGUCACGAAGCGGGGAUGUUCGCCGAGCUGCGCGAGAUGAUGAGCGGCAUGCCGCACCACCGGAGCAGCGAGUUCGACCGCGCGGUGCUCCCGGAGUGUGCGGACCUCGUCCAGGCCAUUGGCCAUCGCAUGGCGUACGACGCGGCGGUCGCGGCGGGCGUCGAGACGGACAUGGUCGACCUGUACGUCGCGAGCUGCCUGAAGCUCGACCCGGCGUGGUACGUGGAGAACGCGGGCGUGGCGCGGCGCAAGCAGAAGGCGAUGGAGAGCGCGGCGGUCGAUGCGGUCUUCCCGCGCCUGGAGGAGCUCCUCGCGCGGAUGGACGUCGAGCCGUACGUCUCUGCGCCGAUGGUGUCCGACGACAAGUGGGGGCGAUAUGUCGCCGGCCUGACGGCGUUCGGGGGCCCGGGCGCCGAGAUGGACCCGGUCAACGGAGAUGGCACCGGCGACCACUCGGCCUGUGACUCGGACUGCCCGAAGCUGGCUGAGCUGAGACCUCCACGUUCGAUAUCGGACAGGGUAUCUUCCGUCGCGGGAUCCGUGCAGCGAUGGUUUGCCUUUGGCUGGCCUAUGCUAGCCGUGGGGGUCUCCUUGGUCUAUACUGCGUUCAAAUAUCGCCGUGGACGCAUUGACGGGUAG